GCAGCCUUCCCAGUUCCUGUCCGGGUUCCUGAUGGAACUUUUGGAGAGAGAGGAUUCAGCCCGGAGCGUGGUGUACACCUUCCCACACCUCACCAUACAAGAGUUUGUAGCCGCACUCGCACUAUUCCUGACUCCAGAUCGCGGGGAUAUCAAGACACUCCUCACUGAAGUCCAUGCCAAUGCAGACGGGCGAUUUGAAGUAUUUCUCCGUUUUGUCGCUGGUCUCCCCUCCCCACGGUCAGCUUGGAUCCUGAAGGAGUUUCUGGGUCCAUUCCCUCAUCAAACAAUCUGCCGAGUGAUUGACUGGGUGAAGGAAGAGGUUCAACGUCAGAUUAUAAAUGUUGGGAGUGAGUUUGGUAAACGGAGCCUCCUGAACACGCUGCACUACCUGUUUGAGGCUCAGAAUCCUGCACUGGCUAAGGAGACACUGGGAUCUGUGGAAACACUUUCAUUUAGUGGACUGGGACUGACCCCGAUUGACUGUGCGGUCCUGUCUCAUGUCAUCGGGCCCUGUGAUACAAUCAAACACCUCGAUCUGGGGAACUGCCGCAUUCAGUGUGAAGGUCUCAAGCGGCUGGGACCUGCUCUGCACAAGUGUCAGCACUUGGGACUAGGAAACAACGACCUGGGAGACUCCGGAGUGAAACUGGUGUCUGAGGCUCUGAGGAAGCCGGCAUGUAAAAUACAGAUACUGGAGCUGGGCGGUGUCGGCCUCACAGAUUCUGGAGCCGAGGUUCUCGUCUCCACUCUCAUUACAAAGCCCUCAUUGACGGAGCUGGAGCUGUCACACAACUCCCUCACAGACCGAUCUGUCCCCGCCCUCCGCCGCCUCAUACUGACCCUCCCAAAACUUGAGCGGAUCUGGCUGUGGAGGAAUAAGUUCAAACCGACCGGGAAGAAGGAACUGAGGUCGCUUAAGGAACCCAGACCCGGACUGAUUGUGGAACUGUGAACAUCUCGGGGUGCAAACGUAUUGUGCGCUCUUUUUCUCAAAUUUGAGGAAGGAAAUUGUUAUUGAGGGAGUGCAGCGUAGGUUCAUCAGGUUAAAUCCCUGGACGGCGGGACUGUCAUAUUCUGAUAGAAU